GAAAGCUCUGUUUGCGUUUUCUUAGGGCGGUAAUAAGUAUCUCCUGAUCUUUCUGGACCUCGAACUCCCACGCUAAACCUAGAUUGAAGAAUCUUUUUUGAUGGGUGGGAGUGGAGGAGGAGCUGUGAUUUCUCUCCCUAAACCUGUGCGCCCUCUUUGCUGUCAAUCUUUAGAACCUUUGCACUGCAGAGACCUAAGCCUUGAAACAGCAUUCCCUUUUAUCCAGGCACUGUGCUAGGCUGUGCGACUUCAGAGAUCGGAAAAACGGUUCUAUCCUUAGUGGCACUGCCGUACGUGUCAAGGGUCAGAACACGUGUAUAAUUUCCAAUCAGUGUAAAAAAUACUAUUAGAGACAUUUCCAUGGUGCUGUUGGAGCACAGGAUGGGGAUUAAGUUUUUGAAAGAAGACCUCAGAGGAUUUCCUUAGUCUGACCCUGACCUACGUUUCCAGCCCCAUCUUUCAUUGCUGUCAUUUCUCCUCCGAGUUCUGGCCAUAUGUACCGGUUGCUUUCAUGGUUGAAAAGACAUUUAUAAAGAUCCUUCAAUUCAUCACCUAGAGAACUGGACCAGUUUGCUCACACUCUCCAGUGACAAAUGCCCUCCUUUCACCUCCUUUCCUAAAUGAAAAUCAAUGAAGCUGUUGUCAUUUCUGGAAGGAAACUUGCCGAGCAGAUCAAGCAGGAAGUGCGGCGGGAGGUGGAGGAGUGGGUGGCGGCCGGCAACCGGCGGCCGUCCCUGAGCGUGGUUCUGGUUGGGGAGAAUCCUGCAAGUCACUCCUAUGUCCUCAACAAAAGCAAAGCGGCUGCCGAUGUGGGAAUCAACAGUGAGACAAUUGUGAAACCAGCUUCGAUUUCAGAGGAAGAACUGUUGAACUUAAUCGGUAAACUAAACAAUGAUAGUAACGUGGAUGGCCUCCUUGUACAGCUGCCUCUUCCAGAGCACAUUGAUGAGAGAAGGAUCUGCAAUGCUGUUUCUCCAGACAAGGAUGUUGAUGGCUUUCAUGUAAUUAACGUGGGGCGAAUGUGUUUGGACCAGUAUUCCAUGUUACCAGCUACUCCAUGGGGUGUAUGGGAAAUAAUUAAGCGAACUGGUAUUCCAACCCUAGGGAAGAAUGUGGUUGUGGCUGGAAGGUCAAAAAAUGUCGGAAUGCCCAUUGCAAUGUUGCUACACACAGAUGGGGCACAUGAGCGACCUGGAGGUGAUGCCACAGUCACAGUAGCCCACCGAUACACUCCCAAGGAGCAGCUGAAGAAACACACAGCUCUUGCGGACAUUGUGGUCUCCGCUGCCGGCGUUCCGAAUCUGAUCACCGCAGAUAUGAUCAAGGAAGGAGCUGCUGUCAUUGAUGUGGGAAUAAAUAGAAUUCAGGAUCCUGUAACUGCUAAACCCAAGUUGGUUGGAGAUGUGGAUUUUGAAGGAGUCAGGAGGAAAGCUGGUUACAUCACUCCAGUCCCUGGGGGUGUUGGUCCAAUGACAGUGGCAAUGCUAAUGAAGAAUACCAUUAUUGCUGCAAAAAAAGUGCUGAGGCUUGAAGAGCGGGAUGCACUGAAGUCUAAGGAGGUCGGAGUGGCAAGGAAUUAACAAUUCUGUCUUCUGUAUCAUGAAGAGCACUCCAAGCCAGUUCAAGAGGAAAACCAGGCCAGCAGAAAUGCAAUAUUCUCUAUUUAUUCUACUUAAAUGGCUUAAAACAUUGUAUUUAUUGAAAACUUAAAAUGGAUAGGUGUCUGUGCACAUAGCCCUGCGGUAACUCACCAGGGAACACGCCACUGUCACGCUGGGUCAUGUGAUCUAGCCGAGAGAAGCCACUGACCCUGCGAUUCACAGUGUGGGGAGCAUGGUCACACUGAGAACGGCUGUGUAACUCUGUCAGUCCACUUCAGUUAAAAUUUGCCUUUUCUAGGAUUGCAUUUCCCAAGUGCUAUUCCAGUAAUGAGUUGAUACUCACUUUAGGUUCCAAACCUUUUGAGUUCAACUGGUCAAACCAAAGAAAAAAUGUUGCUAGAGAAAAUUACGGAAAAGGUAGAAAGGAAGAAAUGAUGAUAACUGAGUAGAAGAAAUUUACCCUCAUUUAUAUACAAAUUGAUUGAAAACCAGAAGAAGAACCACAUGUCUCUUAAGCUGUCAUUCUUUGGCUUAGUCGUGGGGAAAAUGUUCAGGGUGGUUCCAUUCGCUAUUCGCCCUUGUUUUAUGUAUGCCACCAUUCCUGAGGGCUCCUCUUUUGAGUUUUCUAGGAUUGAAGGGCUUAUUUUACACAUUACUCGUGUGUGUUGUCAUAUAUGGCCUUUCCUGUAUCCUUCAUUGUCAUAUUUUUGUACUGUUGGGCUUGUCUGUUUGGUCUCUUCAGUGUAUCUUGAGAUGUGUUUUUGAAAAACAAAACUUGGGUUUGAUAAUCAUUAGUGAAGCUUAUAUACGUAUGCAACUUGCUUUUCCGCCAAAGAACUGUCAACAGCUGCCUGCUUUCUGGUGCACCUGUUGGCUUUCCCUGAUCGGUUUUUGAGAGUUUGGAUUAAAUCUGAAUUUAGUCAGACUUCCUGAUUAAAGGAUUUUUUUUUCGUUUCA